AUGGGUGAAAAUGGUGGAGUAGUUGGCAAAUAUGUAUCCUAUGAAAAUAGAGAUUUUAAAUGGGAAGCAGACUGUAUAGUAUCAAUAUUUGAAAUUAUGAAGGGUGAUAGUUUAGCAGGUGACCUUUUUGUAGAUUUAUUAAAUGAAUUUUCAAUUUUGCAGCAACAGAAAACCAAACGUAGUCAUCAAUAUUAUGUAUUAAUUCAAUUUAUAAUUAUAAUGAGUGAAGGAUUAGGUUCGGCUGUAUUAAAGAAUGUGGUUCAAGUUUGUACAUUUGUUAAAGUCUUGUUAUCAAGAUCCAUAAGCAAACAUAAUAGUGGCAAAGAAACCGAGGAAGAUAUCGAAUCAUUGACUUUAUCGCUAGGUAUUCUUACAACAUUGCUCACAGGUGAAAUUACAGUUAGAAAAGAUGAAGAAAUCAUCGUAUUCGAUUUAUUAACUCUUGUAGAACAACUGUCAUACCACUCAAACGAAAUUAUAUCAACUAUGGCAUCACAAAUUAAAACCAUCAUUACAGCAAAAAAACCAAUUUGGCUUACCGAUCAACAACAAGAUGGCGAAGGCGACGAUCAUCUAACCACAGCAAAAGAGCAAGGCGACAAAUUAAAAGAGAUUUUGAAAGACCUCAGUGACCCAUUAUUACCAAUCAGAGCACACGCAUUAAUUCAACUAAGAAAAAUGGUAUUAUCAAAGAGUGGUCUUAUCGAACAAAAUUUAAAUAACGUUUUAGAAAUAUUUAAAACUCAAAUCGGCGACGACGAUACAUUUGUAUAUGGUGUAUCUAUCAAUGGUUUAUCAGCAUUAGGUGACAUAUAUCCAACUAGAAUUCUACCUAUUUUAAUCGAUUCAUUCCUAAAUAAACAAUAUCCAGAAUUCAAAAGAAUGAAGAUUGGUGAAUCUUUAAUCCAAAUUUCUCAACGUUUUGGCGAAGCAUUACCAAAAUAUGCAGAUAAAUUAGUACCCACUUUUUUACAAGGUUGUAAAGCGCAGGAAGCAGUUGGUGUUAGAACCAGUAGUUUAUCAAAUCUUUCUACACUAUGCGAAAUGCUCCAUUAUUCUAUUGACUCUUAUUUGGUUGAAAUAUUACACUGCGCCAACACAAUACUUUCGAGUGACCCAGAAAUUGAAGUUAGAAGAGGUGCCAUUUUCAUUUUCCAGCAAUUAUUAAAAGGUCUUGGUUUGGACUCUUUCGAAAUUAUACCGAACGAACUAAAAGAAAUUUAUAAUACUCUAAAGAAAACUGAAUUUUAUGAUCCCGAUGAAAUUUGUAAAUAUCAUGCCCGUGCUGCGUUAUACGAUCUCGAAACAAUAACAAAACAAUUUAUUUUCCCAGAUAAUGGUCAACUAAAAAAAGAUAUUAGAAAAAUUUUAUAA